UUGUUGAGGUUGACGUUCCACCUUGUCGUAAGGUGGGUAACGGGGUUAUUCUUAAUAGAGCUAAUUUUCCACCUGGUAGAGAGGGUCUUUCCCCCCCCCCCUUCAUAGUAAAUAGAACAGGUGGACGAAGGAGUUUAAUUUGUUGAGGGUAAUAUUCCACCUAGUUAUAUAGGUUGUCAACGGAGUUAUUCUUAAUAGAGCUGAUUUUCCGCCUGGCCAAGGGGGUCUCCCCUUCCCUUGUUUAUGAAGGUUAUUAUUGAAGUUAUAUUUUGUCAUGGAGUAAUUUGGUUCUUGAUAAAAGCUUUGUCCUAGGAAAAACGUUUUUCCCCUUUCCCCCCCCCCCCCUAUAGUAUAGUGCAGGUGUGGCAGAGGAGCUAUAUUUGUCGAGGGUAAUAUUCCACCUAGUUGUAUAGGUUGGCAACGGAGUCAUUCUCUGAUAUAGCAUACUUUCGACCUGGUAAAAAAGGUAACCCCUCCCCCUAUUAAUGAAGGUUGGCAACGGAGUUAUUUUUUUCAUGGAGUAAUUACAUUUUUGAUAAGAAAUAAUAUUCCACCUAGUGAUAAAAUGGUUGGCCCCCUAAAGUAUUGAAACAGGUUGGUGAGGGAGUUAUAUUUGUUGAGGGAAAUAUUCCACCUAGUUAUAUAGGUUGUCAACGGAGUUAUACUUAAUAUAGCUUUUUUCCCACCUGGUAAUAAAAGGGUUGCCCAUUCCCUAGUUAGAUAAAGCAGGUUGUCAACGGAGUUAUUUCUCGUCAUGAGUAAUUUGAUUUGUGAUAAGAAAUAAUAUUCCACCUGGUAAAACGGGUUAACCCCCGGAGCGUAAAUAAGAUUAAGUAUAGUUAGUUUGAUAAGAGAGUAAUUCUAGUCAAAGAUAAAAAUCCAUUAAUAAAGAGGCAACCUGAGUUAAAUAAAUAAAAGUCCACUUAGAAGUUUCAAUAAGAGAAAGUAAAAUAAGUUAUCUUAUCUGAAAACAAAAUCCCACCUAAAUAUAGAUUAGGUUAAAAAAAGGAGGUAACCUGUGUUAAAAGUAAAAAUUCCCCCUAAAAUUUUCGAUAUAAAAAAUAAAAUAAAUAAAAAUAAAAACAUGAGCAGAACGGCUGCCUCUGAGAUAGGGGAGCGAGAUGUCGAGAUAGAUACCCUGGAAGACGGGGAGAUCUCGGGAGGAUAUGAUGAGCCUCAGGGAGAACCUGGACAUGAAGGACAGUGGAGAGCAUCAACGCCACGCGCCCUUUCCCCGGUGCCCCCCCGAAGAAACUCCCAGGUGAUAGAGAGACCUGGGUCCGUGGUACCAGGGCCAUGGGCGCCCUCAGAUUUCAUAAGAGGACCAUGGCAGGAGGGACAGGUGACCAUAUACCAGAGCGACCUGUGGAGCUGUCCUCUGCCCCGAGAACCAGGAGAAAAGGUUUACGUGUUGAAUCCCACCAAUCCAAAUCUCAUGAUUCGCGUGCCGCUCGAGCACUGAGGGAUAGAUUCCCCACAUUAACGGAUAGAUUUACUCAGGAUCAAAGGCUAAAUAACCGGCUACCAUUCCACACCCCAUCAGCCCACCUACAAACAAACAAGGAGCAUGGACUGGUGGGAAUAGUGCAUUGCUGCUACCUCCCCAGGCAGGGGCACCAGACGGUCAAAGACCAACAGGCGGUGCUAGAGGAAGUGAUGAACCUGGGAAUACAGACGGUACUCGAUAUGGGAGAACCCCCCCCAAUCAGGAUUGUCCUGCCAGUGUUUGGAGGUGGUGGUUUCCAAUAUGAAACACAUGCGUUUACCUUGGCCUUCCAUAGACUGAUCUGGGCAAACCCCACCAUUCGCUUCACUUUGGUGACCCACUCGGUAGAAGAGUAUGAAGAAUUGACGGAACAGUUGACAGAUCGAGUAACUCUCUACCAACCCCGGAAUAGAGGGACCCCCCAAACCGAAUUAAUCUACGGGCCACAAAGAAGAGAGCCAACACAACCGGGGGCCCCACCGGCCCAGGGGACCCAGGUUUUUGACCAAUACAGGCCCCCCGCAUAUAACUAUGGGGGUUCGGAACUGGUGGGGCCACACCAUCUGGCCUUCUGGGUUAACCCGGGACAGGACCAUGCUCCAGUACUAUAUCCCACACUAAUGGACAUGGCCACCCCAGAUCUAAAUCCGGCUCCAAUAAUAGUACGGCCAAUCCCAGUUAGGGGACUGAUCAACCCUAACCGUGGAAGAGACCCCAUGCAUAGUCAGGUGCAGAGGGCUCAUGACCUAUACCCGGUACCAGACUAUCGGUAUCCCGAACCCCGCCGGCAACAAAGAGAAGAGAGUCACACACUCCCAUCUCAUAAACACCCAGAAUGGUCCCACAGAUCCCUGAAGGCACAAAAGGAGGAACCCCCUACCCGGAAUCAAAAUUCCACCAAGGAACAAUCAAAGUCAACGAGCAAAGAAAGACCACAACCACCCUUCUUAGAAGAAGGACAGCGGAAAUUAACAAUACCAUAUAUACUAAUACUAAUAAAACUAAUAAUAAAUUAAUGAGAAUUUAAUUGUUUUUGUUCAUAAAUUAUUAUUUUUGUGACUGAAGAUUAAAUAUAAUCAUGGUAUAUACAAUUUGGUAAAGUUUGAUAAAAAAGCAGCGAAGAUUGAUAAUACUAAUAAUGAAUGUAAAAAUGGAGUAUUGAAUGAAAUUGCGGUGAUAAUACGGAGGGAAUAUUUGGACGUCGGAGGUAUAAAUUAGCAAUUGUAGAAAUGACUUGCGGUCAUAAAAAUCAUUUAUCUGGAAAAAGUUGUUAUAUGCGAACAUGAUGUAUCUGCCUUGCCCCCCCCUCUCUCACGAUCAGCCUCACCAUGUUGUAUGUUGCUCUGCUGUAAACCCGGGGGGACUGGGAGGAGCCUAUCAAUUUCGCUCCCGCUUUAAUGGGAGGAUGAUGGGAACUAGUUCCACAUUUUUUAGUUGAAGCGGAUCGCGAAACAAUAACUCUUGGACACACCUAAACCCUGUUUUUCAGAUGGCAGGGGCGAGCAGAUCACACGGCACCACCACCAAGUGGUCAGAGAGCCCCCUUUAUGAGGGCCACAUUCAGAGUUUAGAGAACUAAACUUCAACAGAUACACAUGUGACACCAGGAACAUGUGUGAAGUGCAAUACCAAAUGUUUUCUCCCUGUAUGGACAGGGUUGAAGAAAGAUAAAAAAUACAGCAAGGAUGUAGCCAACCUGCAAGACCCAGAGGUUGUUAACGGCUAUGUACACGGAGCAAAAGGUUCCCCAAGAGCAGGGAUGGGCAACUUUCAUGAUAAAGAGGGCCACAUUUUUUAUCAGAACCAUCGGAGGGCCACAUGACUGCACACUUCAACUAAACGUGAGCUGAGAGAAGCUACAUAAUUUUGAAUUUGGUAGAUGAUUUCCUGUAUUCUGGUGCAUUUUGGCGAUGGCCACUACCUAAAAAAUCGUCCAGAAUCAUAACCUAUGUACGGUAUGUUAAUUGAACCAACAUACAUUAAUUUCAUGUUUUCCAUGCUCAAACAGCCACAUGAAUGGUCAGUAUUUUUAUCAGUGCAAAGGGCUCACAUACAUCAUCAUUCAAUGAAGUCAAAAAACUGAAAAACAGUGGCCCAACAUUAAGUGCAACAACUCAAUGAACUCAAACCCAACAAACAGUUGUAGUAGUUGUAGUGGCGACUUAAGUGGAUCUUUAAUGACUGAUAUCGCUUCUAAGCAAACUAGACGCAUGGGUUUGCCUUUGAAUUCUAUGAAUUCUUCUCAUCUUUCUUGAACGAGUUUUCUGUAACUCGAUCAAUUAUUAUUAUUAUUAUUAUUAUAAUAUAUAUACAGGGUUUUUUCUAAACAAGGGAACAGGGGCGCUGCGCCCCGAUACUCCCGGCGUGCGCCAUCCUACCGAAAUGCCGACUGAACCUGUCAGACUUGGAUCUGUACUUACAUGCUGCUGUACAACAUACACUAUUUCUCAAAACGAUCUUUUCUCCGCGAAAAUAUCCCAACACCACCACCUGACAAUGUGUCUGAUCCUCAAAUAACUUAUAAUUACUCCAAAAAUAUUCCGAUCCGAAUUGGAGUUUCCCAGACCGAGUCGACAUGCUAACGUUAAAGUUAUUAGCAGCUAGCUAGCUAGCUACUAUGUAUUUGAAUGGGUUUUUGGUCUAGGCGCUAAGAUGCUAAGCAAGUAUACAAGACCAUUCCAGUUCUCUCUGCACAAAGCGGUUUCAAUGAACGACAGAAAUAGUGUUGAUCAAGAGUUUUGCGAGAGCAAAACGAACAGUCAAACAGGGUUCCCUGUUAACAGGGAACCCGUAGCAGGGAACUAAAUGGCAGCUGCACGGCCGAAUUAGCCCAAUAAAAGUGUAGUAACCCAGAGAACCAGCUACAACAUAGUUUUCAUCCAAACGAGCCGUCUUUAGCGAACGGUGAAUUGCAUUGGCUUCUACGAGCAGUCGGCUUUCAGCCGCGAGCUUAGGGACCGUCUGCAAAGUGCAAAACUGAAUUGCAUUGGCUUCUACGAGCAGUCGGCUUUCAGCCGCGAGCUUAGGGACCGUCUGCAAAGUGCAAAACUGAAAACGACAACAAUAGUAACAUUUCUAUAGCGUCGCCAUUAUUGACUCUAGAGCCCCAAAACUUGUUCCAUAGAGGCAUGGCACAGGAGGUCUACCAUGACUAACGCUACCCUGAACCACCUCCUCAGGAUCAGUAUUGAGGGGCCUGCAAUUGAUCAAUUUGAUUUUGACAAGGCAGUGAGCCGUUGGGGCAGUCUCAGGAACAGACGGCUGCUGUUGUGAUUUGUCCUACUUAAUAAAAGUUUAGCCAAUAUUUUUGAAAUUUGUCGUGUUUAUUUACAGGGUAAAGUUGUACAAGUCUACCAAAAGUUGAUAGUAUUUUAGUUUUUCAGGAUGACCACAAGAGCUAGAAUUUCUCUCUAAGAUAGCCUCAGAAUGUACCAUUUAAUCAUUAUUUUUUCAAAGGCUUCGCGCCGUGGAAGGGGGAGACCCCCCUUUCACACCAUCCCCCGCCUCGGUCGCGUUGCUCCCUCGGCUUUGCGCAGGGGUCUGCUCCCUGCUACUUUUUUUUUCUAGAAAAACCCCUGAUAUAUGUAUUUAUUUUUUUAAUUUAUUUUUUUUAAUUAUGUGCGGGCUGAGUUGGGCAGGGAUGGGCCGCCAGUUGCCCAUCCCUGCCCAAGAGGAACCACAUGAACCUGCUGGGGGUCACUGCAGCUCCACAUUGGUGGAGCUGCCCUGACAACAGCAGGUGACGUCACACAAAGCAUAAUAUACACCAUAGGAGGUUGGAUUUGGCCAUUAAUAAAGACCCUACUGAUAUGGUGUGGUUACGGCUUGCUGGGCCUUUUAUGCUUAGGGGUCAUAUACUAUAUGAUCAAAAUAGGCCUUGGGCAACUUGUAAGAAAUUUUUGUAGCAAACAAUCGUCCAAUGUAAAGAAGCAGGAGGGGAGUAAUGCGUGAAGUAGGCCGGCCUAUACCACAUGAUUUUAUUUUAACAAACAGACCAACACAUAUAGACUCACAAGAGACAAGAAUCAAGCUGCAGCCAAGUCCUACAGAUUCUACCUUCACUCCACACCGAGCCCAGACAGAAGCAAAACUUGAGCAGCCCGGAAAUCCUGAUAGAAUAUGGCAAGCAAUAUGACCUCGACACCAAUGGAGGGAGCAAACUAUUGCACCCCGGGAGAGUCCGAGAUCACUGGCUUAACCCAGCCCAUACAGCCAGAUGGAUCUCCGGAAACCCCCAGACCAGAGACAGGAGGAAUGACUGAAAACAAUAGCGGACCAGCUAGAGCUACGGCAGACACGGAGGUGGCUGGUAUAGUAGAAGGCAUGUCCAACGUUGUAAUCACUUAUUCUUUCGAAGAAUGGCCCACAUUAGGUGGGCCACAGAUAACCCCCACGACAGUCUCGUUGUGGAAAUACAAGACACGUCAAAGAACCGACAAGAAACACUUGUGUUACAGUGUGUGUAUUCACACACACACAUGUGGCGCUCGCACGGUCGAGUCUCAUUGGCGGGCCAACGUCUCUGGGCGGGCCAGGCAGAGUAAGGGGAGGAGCUGAGAUUCCUGAUGACGUCAUGAGCACAGACAUUCCAAAUCGGCGCGCUUGAGCCUCCGUUUUUUCAAAGGCGAGCAGAACAGCUAGUGCUAGUUUUACACCAAACGCAAGUUUUAGCCACUGGGGGACCAUAGGCAGGCUAGGGGAACUCAUAUUUAUGUUAGAAAACCUCCCAAAGUGAGAUUUUCAUGUCAUGGGACCUUUAAAGACGAUGUAUUAUUAAUCUACGAGUCCCUCCUAAACCUUUACACUCGUAAAAGUCCCCACCAGCCCCCUCCAGGCCCAGUCUGACACCCCGUCCCCUCACUGGCCUUCCAUCUCUCUCUCUCUCCAACCCCGUCUCUCUCCGCUUCUCCUCCUCCACUGUCUUAAUGAACCCCCCACCACCAAUCUUCCUCCAGCAAAACCUCCUCGUAAAGACCAACCCCCAGCCUCUCC